AUGAUAUCUCUCCACUAUCACCGCAUCCUCCUAUUUCUCUUCCUACUCAUCCUUUCCCUUAUCCUCUUCUUACAUUUCACAUAUCCGCAUUCAUUGAACUUCAACCUGAAUCUAAAUCCCCUAUCCAUAACCAACUCCAUUGCUCCAUCUAGAAAACAAAAAUAUAUCACCAAAGAAGGAAAAUCCAUUAAUCAGCAAAAUGUCAUCCAGCUACGGGCUAAAAUCAAGGAAGGGAAAUAUCCCGCGUUGAAAAAAUUACUAGAAGAUGGUGUUUUGGGAGUAGGUGGAGGAGAUGGCGAAAAAUCUGGGAAUGGAGGGGAAGGAGAAAAAGUUAUCCAUCAGGUGUGGCAUAAUUGGGAAGGAGGAUUUGGGAGAAGAGUUGAGAGACGUGGUGAUGAGAAAGCGGGAGCACAAGUAGUGGAAGGGAGUUAUGGUGAGGGUAUGAGGAAGGGAAAAAUAAAUAUCGCGGAAGAUAAAGAGGGAUGGGAAGUACGCGGAGGCGAUGGAGAAAUUCCUCAUGAAUGGGAAGAGAGGAGAGAGCAUUGUCGGGGGAUUAAUGAACAGAAUGGGUGGAAAUAUAUUCUCUGGACUUCCCACAAAUCCCUCGCGUUCAUAAAAACUCACUACCCAUCUUUUCUCAAAACAUAUAUAUCUUAUCCCUCGAAUUAUCAACGCGUCGAAGCGAUGAAAUGUCUCCUGCUUUAUAAAUAUGGUGGGAUUGUAUUGGAUGUGGAUACGAUUUGUCUGCGAGCUUUGGAUCCAUUUUUGAUGCUGGGGUUGUUUGUUGUGUGUGAACCUUUAUCUUUAUCUUCAUCUUUAUCUUCAUCUGGAAGUAAUGACAGAGAUGAGAAAGUAGAAGGGACGCUAUCAACACGUAUCAUGGGCGCUCCGAGGAAUCAUGGAUUUGUAGUGGAGUUGAUAGAUGUGUUGAUGGGGUAUAAUGCGCCAGGGGUUGAAGGAGAUGCGAAAAGUGGGAGUGGUAGAAGAAUAGGAGCAUGGAGUUUGACGGGGAAGUUAAAGAAGGGGGAAAAGUUAAUGAUGGGUCGGAGAGAGGUUUUUGGAGAGGUGUGGGAUGCCUAUCAUAGGAGGAUUGAAGAGGGAGUGUUGGAUGUGGGUGUGGGUGUUGGUGCUAAUACGUCUACAAGGAUGGAUGAUAAGAGAGGAAAUAGUGACCGAGAAGAAAUGGGAUUGCUGGAUAGUGUGGGAUGGAGAGUUAGUGUGUUGCGUAAGGGAGAGGGUGUUGGGAGAGGAUUUUUCGGUCCUCACACACAUAACGCCAAACCCCCCUCCCCACCCAAACCCAAGCCCCAAUCCAGAACCUCCCACGACUCUCCCACCCAUCUUCUCCUCCCCCUCUUAAUCCUCAUCUCCCUUUCCCUCCUCAUAACACUAAUUUUCUACUCUCAUCACCGCUCAAAUACACGAAAACAACCGCUUAUUCGUCGUGCUUCAAGUAGAUAUGAGAGAGGAAGGAGAAGGGAGAGAGUAUUAAGAGGUGCGGGACUGGGUGAAGGAAGUGGUGGGUGUUUGCUUAAUGGCUAUGGAGGGGGUGGGUAUGGGGGACAGUCUAUUGAGGUGACGGAGAAGGAUUGGAAGGGUUUGAUGAUUGGGGAAGGGGAAGGGAAUGGAGGGAGAGAAGGGGAUGGGAGAGGGAGGGUAUGA